AUGCGGACAGCUCAGCUCCCACGCCAUCCUCAUCUCCAAGCAUUUGCCUCACAGCCUGACCGCCGUCGCCACAUUCAUAAAGGCGAGGAGCGAUGCAUAUGCUCCCGCGAUGGCUGCCUCGAUACAUUCUGCCGCACGGUAGCCACAGUCGAGCACCAAUACCUCUCUCCCCAGAGCGACCUCUCCGCCAACAAUAUGGACAAGACUCCUCGCGAUCCUACCCAGGUUGCCAUGUCUGGGCCUGUCUCCGCCGUUGCACCCGGCCUGUCCACGCCUCAGAGUAACGGUUUCUUUCCCGAUUUCGACCAGCACACAUAUCAAUGA